AAUUUAGAAACAUUAAAUUAUAAAGUGAAAAUAAUGUCCUGGUGUUAUAAAUAAGCGUUAGCACUGGCUUCUCAAGCGAUGUCAUUCAGAAGCGUGUAGCAUGAGCGGCAGAAUCCCAGUGACGUCACGUAGAAGCGACAGCAGGACUGAUACGGGCGAAUGAAAUCGUUCAUUGACAGGGAAGGGCACAAUUGUUGCAGUAUGUCAGCACAUAAGUGACACAGUUUGUAAAGUGUUUUUCUCCGAGUAUGUGGCGGAAGAACAACCCAAAGCACAAAUCCCUUUUGGGAUUGGAAGAAUUAAGAGCACACAGGAGAGAAAGGGAAACAGCUUUAAGGAAAGCACGAAGGGAGCAGCAGCUGAUCAGCAAACGCCUGUUAAGGGACCUUACAGAGGAUCAUGACCAGACACUUGAAGAAGGGUUGGAAACACAAACUCUCUCAGAGCAGCAGGUUGUACAGAUGAUAAAAGACCUUCAACAUGGAUCAGCAAAUAAGCUAAAAUCUCUUGUUGCUCUUUGGCACAGGCUACAACAGAAGAAUGUGCAGCUUAUUUUUAUCAAGGUGGAAGGCAGCUUGCGGCUUCUAAUCGGACUAUUCACCUCUUCAUUUGCUGAUAUCCAGAUGGAGGCAGCCAGAUGUUUGCAUGAACUCUCUCAUUCAGAUGAACCAGAAGUGACAAAAGCUUGUCUGCCUGCUACACCGUACCUGAUUACUUAUCUGUCGGGACACAGCCCGGAAUUUACUGAAUUAUGUUUGUACACCUUGGGUAAUCUUAUUGUGGAGAGCGAGGAUGCACGGAAUCAGCUGCUUCAGCAAGGCCUAAUUUCUGCUCUUACUCUGUGCGCUCAGUCCCCUCACAUGAGAGUACUGGAGGCUUUUGGCUAUGCUCUGUCUCAGCUUCUGCAAGCAAAAGAAGCACCUGAAAAGAUUAUUCCGAUGGUUUUAGGAUCUGGGCUUACACUAGACAUUUUACGGCUAAUUUUGUUUGGCUCACAAAAUGGAAUUGGUGUGGCUGUCGAGUUGGCUUGGUGUCUUCAUUAUAUUGUUAGCAGCCAGGUGAACAACAAUGUACUAAUUUCACAAGACAUUGUACAGAAGCUUGUCAUCUUCCUGAUAGAAACUGCUGCACAUAUUUCAAAAAACGAAUAUCAUGGUCUUGAACUGAUGAUCUGCCCUAUUGUGCGUUCUUUGGGAAACCUGCUUGCAGUCGUUAACACAGCUGGAAGUAAUUCCAAGAUCCAAGAUGGCCGCUUGUUAGUGGCAUUGUUUGUUUUUAUGCAGAUUUUUAAAAAUGACUAUGUAUUUAUAGUACGAGAAUGUCUUUGGACUCUCAACAAUCUGACAGUGGAAAAUCCUGUGAUCUCCUCAGCUGUACUACACUUGAACCUUAUUCCUGUCCUUCUGGAACUGCUGACACAUUCAAAUGCUGUAACCCUGUUGGUGCUCCUUGUUCUGUGUAAUAUUGCAAACCUUGGCAUCGCCUACUGUCAGCAAUUGAGGCAAAAGGGCAUCCUUCCCAGUAUAGUGCGUACUUUUGUAAGUGCUGAUGCAGAGGUGGCGCACCAGUGCUUGGAACUGUUAAACAUCCUGUUUAGGCACUGUCCUGAGCUUGUGGGAGAUUUUAAUCAGUUAUCUGGCCUACAGUUACUGGACCCAUAUAAAGAGCAGCCUGAUUUUAAGCAACAAGUCCAAGCUCUUGUGAACUAUUUUCAAGCAUGACAGGUGAUACAAAAGAAGCUUUGGAUCGUGUGCACAAAGAAACUUUUCAACGUAAUUUAGGAUUCAUUUUAUUGGUGUCCUUUAAAUGAAAUAAAAUUAUUUUUGUAAUAAACUUAAGUGAUUUUUAAGUGCACAAA